GCGCUAAUUUUUUCCCAAAUUUCCCCCUAAAACCCAAAAACUAAAAAAACCCCAAAUUUCCCCCUAAAAUGGAGGCACUAAAGACGAUUCAUCUUCUUUGAUGAGAGUAGCAGUGUGAGGAAUGGGAGUUCAUCUUCUCAUUUGUUGAAACCUGAAUCUGGAGAGAUAUUGAAUUUUGGUGAGAGUAAGAGAAGUGGGAAUGGGAAUUUGUUCACAGGAAACUCUCCGUUCGCCGUGGAGAACAAGAAGAGGUAGCCAAAUUCAAGAGGGAGCAACGAAGAAGCUUCUUUUGUUUACUUCAAGUGUAAUUUUACCUUCAUCUGGUGUGGUGAAAUCAAGUGGGGUGCCGGGGAUUCAGAUCACUCUGAUCUUGAAGCUUCCGUUGUUAAGGAGGCCGAUAGUAGUCGAGUCGUAGAGCCUGAAAAGAGGCCUCGAAAACGGGGGAGAAAACCGGCUAACGGAAGAGAAGAGCCUCUAAAUCAUGUUGAAGCGGAGCGUCAAAGAAGGGAGAAGCUUAACCAGAAGCUUUUGGGUGUCUGUGACCCAGUAUUUAUUUUCUUGGAUGAUUGAUUUUUAUUUUGCAGGUGUGAUUGUGUUUUAUAAAUUGGACGUGGUUGAGGGAAUGAGCAUGAGAGCACUUAUUGCUUACAGAUUGAUCUUCGCCACUGCUUGUAUAACUCCAGUUGCUUUCAUCUUUGAAAGCCUGCAGCGUGUUGUAAAUCGUUAAGACAAGAAAAGCAUUGAUCUCCAAUGGGGUGGAUUGAAGAAAAUAUGAAAUCAACUCAUAUUAGACAAAUUCUCUCUCAAGCCAUCAGCCACGGUGCGUUUCCACUUUUCUCUUAAUUCUUUAAAAUCCUUUUAUACUUCAAAAAAUUCCAUCGGAUAAUGAUUGAAAUUUUUAGUUUAAAUCUCGUUAAGGAAUGGUUAUUUCAUCGGCACUGAUAAUAAGGAAAUGAUUGAUUUGCAUUAUUGGGAGCGAGUCGCCGGUGGUGGUUGUGCUAUCUGGGAGUAUGGAACCCAGUUUCAAAUGAGUGAGCCAAUUUUUUACACGUAUUUAAAAUUAAGUAUUUCAAAAUUUUGAGCUUUGAUUUGUGAUAGUCAUAUAAAUUUAAAUUUGCGAAAUGCAGGGAGAUAUAUUUGUGAUAGUCAUAUAAAUUUAAAUUUGCCAAAUGUUGAACUGGUUGAACGACAAGUGACAGAAGGUUCUCAUGUUCUGAUGUAGAAAAUCUCUAGAAAGUAGAAACAAAUAGUUUUGAUAAGGUUAACACCAUGGUAAACUCUAACAGUCUUGUUCAUGAGCUGUGUACUAGUGGUUGAACAUUUUCUUUGGUGUUAUGGCUGUAAAUUAUUUGAAUUAACGGGUCCCCGCCUCGUUAUUCUGUAUGCUGGAUUUAGUACAUUGCAUGUUUGGUUAUGCUUUGUCAGGUUCAUGAGCAGCGAGAUAGCAAAGAAGCUGAUAUACUCACUAAAGACAUAUUCAUCAGGAGACGCUAACCUUUACGAUGACAGAAUGUUGUACACAUCUAGUAAUUGUUGGUUGCAACAAAAAUACAUCAUGGGCAGAGCUGUUGGAAAGGAUCCCACAACGUUCACUUAUGCUUACCUGAGAUUUAUAGUAUGUAACUAAAGACGACAUUGGGAAGUCGAGAGAUAAAGGAAAAAUGAAGGCUGUAGACGAGUAGCCCUAUUCGAUUUGUGCUUUCAUGAUUUGAUUUCAAUUCAUAGCCUAUUAAAUAAUAAUUUAAAUAAGGUAAUAAUGUUGUUGAUCUCAGAAUCCCAUAUGUUGGCUUGAUGGUCAAGGUGUUUACUGUCCUAGAUGAGAUUUACAUUCGAGUUGCGUUGUUGUUAGGUUUUGCCUUCCUAAAAAAAAAGUUGUUGGUAUAUUUGUGAUAUGGUGAUUUGUUAGAAAUAUUGUAAUUUGUAUGUGGAUGGAUUCAUGCUAUAAUAUGAUAAAUAAAUGAAUGUGUUAUUCAAUGCUA